CAGAGACGAAUAACGGCUUUGACCUUGCCAGUUUACACUGGAAUCACUCGGUCGCGUGAGUCAGAAAAAGAGCGCACUUUUUCUUGCAGAGGAAAAAGUGAGAAAAGCUGACAGCCAGCAGAUACAAAGGACCUUGUGUGAAGCUCCAUUAUGUCCAAAGAUCAUGCAUCAGCUUCAAGGACAAACAUGCUGCGACGGUUGUCAGAUUCAUGCCAUCGAAUAUUAUUCAAGCAGAAUAAGAGCAAAAGCGAGGACUCGAUGUCGGAUCAGUCAUUAUCGCUGCACAAUGAUUUACCCGAGUGGAUCAUCAAAAUGGCCGAGAAUGAGCGCUGCUAUGAAGAGGCCAAAAAGCAUGCUACUGCUGAAUUAGAGCGUUGUCGUACCCAUAUCCGGCAAGAGUUCGAAUUGAGGAGGAAGAGACAUGAGGAAAAGUACAAAGCCGAAAUGGAAGCGCUGCGCAUUAAACUUGACAAACGUUUGAGGGAUCUCGAAAAUGCACAGACGGGACUUGCUGUCGACAAACUUCGACGGCUUUCUAUGGACCAGUCACUGCGUUCUCGACAAGAACGAGAGAAAAAGAUUCACGAUAUGAGCGAAUCCACGCAAGAAGUGUUUAACAAAGAAAGAAAACGCUUUUCAAUUGGUGUUGAACAAAUGAUGGAACAGAAGCAGUUAGAACAUCGCGAAGCCAUGCGAAAAUUAUCGCAACAAGAGCAGAAAGCCCUUCAACGGCUUGAGGAAGUUGUUUCAAACGCACAAGAUGGUCCCCCAACUCGAUCUACGUCAAGGUAGAAACAAUCAACAUGCGGGGUUUUACGUAUUACGAUAUGAUGUUCUUUUCGAUAUGUGUAUACAUUAAAUUGCUAUAUCAGUAUUUCAUGGUCUUUGCGAAUCUCCCUAUUUGACUUCUGCGUCCGCGAUUAUUAUUCUGCAGAUAUUUUUCGAAGUUUCUCGAAUAUUCUGUUAACACUAUUGUGGUUUACGACCACUUUCACCCUAUAUCACAUUGAUGUCAUGCAUGGGCUAUUGUACUCCGACUGCAUUUUUUGUAUAACUUUUGUAGAUGCUUAAUCACAUUUCACCCCUCCGAACUUCAAUCAUCGAAUGAGCUUAUGCAUUGCUACGGUUUAUAACGACUUAAAUUUGAGGAUUGUCAAUAUUUUACAUCCUGAGGUAUGUUUUCAUAAAAUGCGUAUUUUUGAAAUCUGUCAUAAACAGAUUGCCAAUUUAUCGGCAUUUUCAGCUUUGUUGUAUUUUUGCUAGCUUUACUCAGUCACAGCUAUAUCUGAUUCAUUACUGCAAGA